CUACAAAGGAAGGAAGUCGGGUUUAACUGCUGUGAACAAAAGAAGUCAUUCUCACAUCACCGAGAGGCAGAAUGGACCAAACAUCUCUUCUGUGGCUCUUUGUGAGCUCUCUGCUGUUCUGCUCAACAAACCAAGUCUCUCUGACUGUGAGUCCCAGCAGAUCUCAAAUGUCUAAAGGAGAGUUUGUCUCUCUGAGCUGUGAGGAGGACGACAGCUCUGCUGGAUGGAAGCUGAGGAGGAACACAACCAGAGAAACCAGGAAGGAGUGUGGAGACGGCUGGGGAAGAUCAGCUGGUUCCUCCUGUAACAUCAGCUACAUGUCACCGUCAGCCAGUGGAGUUUACUGGUGUGAGUCCAGAGAGGGAGCAACCAGUAACAGCAUCAACAUCACUGUCACUGGUGGAUCAGUGAUCCUGCAGAGUCCUGUCCUCCCUGUGAUGGAGGGAGAUGAUGUCACUCUGCACUGUAAAACAAAGACCUCCCACCUCCCAGCUGAUUUCUAUAAAGAUGGCUCCCUCAUCAGGACUGAGCCUGCAGGUCACAUGACCAUCCACCAUGUUUCCAAGUCUCAUGAAGGCCUCUACAAGUGUCACAUCAGCAGUCAUGGAGAGUCUCCAUCCAGCUGGAUCUCUGUCACAGGUAAACCUACAACCACAGCCCCGCCCCCUGUAUAUGGAGCCACGCCCCCUGUAUGUGGAGCCCCGCCCCCUGUAUCUGCAGCUCUGCCCCCUGUCUCCGCUCCCUCCCAGCUUGUGUUCACACUGGUCUGCCACCUAGUGGUUUUCUGUCCGUACUUCAUCUCCACUCUCCUCAUGGUGAUUUUAUAUCGACACAGACCCACAGGAAAUGACCCACCUGUCUCCAUGGUGAUGACCCAGCCCAUCCGGGGUGAGCAGGGAUUGGAUGAUGACUAUGAUGACAUCAUCCCCUCUGUCACCACAGAGCAUCACUUCUGAACUGAACCAAUGAGUCGUCGCUCUGAAGCUUUGUUUGAGUCAUGAAUGAAAAACAUCAGAGGAGCUGAAACGCUUCCUGACGAACUCCUCAAGUUCUAGUUUGACUUGAAGUUACAGAG